AUGACUUAUGUCUUACAAGUGAGUGAACCGCCAAAGAAAAAAACUAAAUUAAAUAUCAGACGUCAAUAUUAUGAAGAUUAUUUAAACAUAAGAUUUUCUUGGUCCGGUAAUGUAGAUGAUCCUCGUUCAUGGUGUCUAGUAUGCGGCGAAAAACUAUCCAAAAAGUCAAUGGUUCCAAGUAAACUAAAACGUCACUUCUCUACCAAGCAUUCUCAUUUGGUCGAUAAAAAUGCUUCAUAUUUUCAACGUUUACUAAAAUCAGAAACACAAAAAUCUGAAAAAAUGACAAAAAAAGAAACCAUUUCGGAUAAAACUCAAGAAGCUAGUUAUCUAGUAGCAGAACUUGUAGCUAAACAAAUGAAAACACACACUAUAGCAGAAAAACUUAUUUUACCUGCUUGCCGUGAAAUAGUAAAAGUACUUUUUGGAGAAGAAGCUGAAAAAGAAGUGUUAAAAAUUCCUGUAUCUGAGAACACCAUUAGUAGGCGUAUAGAACACAUGUCUGAAGAUAUUGAAGAACAAGUAUUGCGACAAUCCCGUGACUCUCCAUUAUUUGCAUUACAACUGGACGAGUCAACUGAUAUAAGUGGACAAGCACAACUUUUGAUAUUUAUACGCAUAGUUUCCAAAGAAAACGUUUUGUGUUGUAAAACACUUUCUGAGACAACUAAAGAUGAAGACAUUUUCGAAAUCGUGGACAAUUAUCUGAAAUUUGCUAAUUUACCAUGGGAUAAAUGUAUUGAAAUAUGUACCGACGGUGCUCCCGCGAUGACUGGCUCAGUAAAAGGCUUUACUUCUUUUGCCAAGAAAAAAAAUGAAAAUAUAAUUUUCACCCACUGUUUUCUACAUAGAGAAGCCCUUAUAACAAAAACAUUGGUAGGUGAUUUAAAAGAAGUUUUGGAUCAAGUUGUGAAAGCGAUAAAUUUUAUUAAAAGUAGUUCACUUAAGUCAAGUGCAAUAAGAUGGUUAUCAAGAGGCCGAGUAUUAUCAUGUUUUUAUGAUUUGAGUGAAGAAAUAAUUGUAUUUUUAACAAUAGAAGAAUCGAAGUACGAGUUUCUUGGAGAUGAAAAGUGGUGGACAAAUCCCCGUCGUACCCCAAAGACUUGUGUUGCUUUAUUUUAUUUUUCCCCGUGCUCCCCGUGUGCCGUUCAACCUCCAUCCGACGCGACCUCACCAUCACACAGUGACAACCGUAGGUACGCGUCAACAUUAACUGACAAAAUUAUGGCCUUUAAUGAAAAAAUAACUCUGUGGAAAACUCAAGUUGACCAAAAAAAAUUGACAAUGUUCCCACGAACUGCAGAGCGAGAUGUUGACCUCAUAUCGUUAAUAAGCGAAUCUAUCAUGUUACUGAAAGAAAAAAUGACGAAAUACAUUCCAAGCAUAAAUUUUGAAAACUAUGACUGGGUGCGGAAUCCAUUCAGUGUAUCAGUUAAUGAGGUGAUUGGUUUGACAUUUGCCGAAGAAGAUAAUCUUAUCUCUCUGAAAAAUGAUCGUACAAUAAAGUUAAAAUUUAAAGAAAUGACCGUUAACAAAUUCUGGAUCUAUGCUCAAGCAGAAUUUCCUGAAAUAUCUAUAAAAGCAAUAACAAUUUUACUACCAUUCUCCACAUCGUAUCUAUGCGAACAAGGAUUCUCAGCAGUCACAACAAUAAAAAGUAAAAAAGAAAACGACUUCGAUCCGUAG